UUACAUGUAUACAGUUGGCACAGCAAAUCGUUUGGUAGAUGCAAUCUUUUUAAACCCAUUGAAGAAAGUCUGUGUUUCGUUGUGAGGUAUUCUGUUGUCAGACUGUGUAAAGUCAGCGAAAAUUUGAAGUACUUCAUAUUUUUUAUUGAAACUGUUUUAAAAACUGUGAUGCUAAAUGGAGAAUCAUCGAAAAUCGUCUUUUGGUGCAAUUGGUAGAACCUUUCUUUGUAUAUCGUGCAAAGAAAGGGAUAGAUUGGAACUUGCACAAUGUUACUGUGAAACGUGUGUGAAGUUUUAUUGUGGGCAAUGUGCUUUCCACCAUGAUCAAUUGUUUAAUAAACAUAUAAAGUAUGGAAGGCAAGAAAGUAUGAACUGGCCGGUUUCAAAUGAUUUGAAGUCUUUUAUGGAUUUAUUACAACUAUGUGAAAAACACACAAAUAAACGACUUCGCUUUUUUUGCGAUGAUCAUACUCAGCUGUGCUGCUCUACGUGUGUUAUCUCAAGUCACAGAAAAUGCGUAAGAGUUAGUCUAAACUCAGUCGAGCAACCAUUGGUCGACGUGACGCAACUAUUUGUGAAGCUUCGGACUAUUCCGGUAAAACUGAAGGAGCUUCAUACAUACUGUGAGUCCAGCCUCAAGGAUCUGAAGUUUUUAUUCCAUCAACAAGAAAAGAAGGUUUGGGAAAUGCAUACAAAAAUAUAUACCACUUUAAACAAAAUUGAAAAGCGCACUUUGAAUAAAACGCCUCAAAAUAUGACAGACAUGGUAAAACAUAUGCACCGGGAAAUACGUUCUGCUUUAGACAAGAUUGAGGAAAUCACUUUGAAAGAAACAAAAGAGACACUGUCAAACCUUCAAGUUUCUCUCAAUACAUAUGCUGAUACAUGCAUCAGGAUUCAUAUUGAAUUGAAACACCUACAUGAAGCUUUAGAAUACAGCAAUAUUAUAAACCAGACGAAACUCAGCUUUAUAACCAGAUGGAAAUGCACGGAGAUAAUAAAACAGGUUGAAUCAGACUUAAACGAGAAUUUAGUUAAACUUGAAAGUUCAUUAUUAAACCAAACUAUAAAGGACACUCAGCAGCACCUCUACAAGUUAUCGCGUCUAUGGAGAUCGGUAGAGAAUGUCGAGGCAGAAAGAAACCAGUAUAACAGCGACAUUUACCAGUACUUGUCUAGACUGUCGGGACUAGGUAGUAUUGUACUCAAUAACUAUGCUUUCUCUGUGAAAGGUAAGUCUGAGUACAAUAUGAGAAAAUCACGUGAUUUAGACAGAUGCUGGAUUAGUGGCAUCUGUACUCUGCCUAAUGGACACACCCUGGUUGCAGACUGGACUAAUAAUAAAGUGAAACUGCUGGAUCAGCAUUGCAAAGUCUUGAGUUACUGUUCAGUGGCUAAUUUUCCACGGGACAUUUGUCCGAUCACAGUCAGUAAAACUGUUGUAACUGUGAAUGACGAUGACAGAAACAGGCACGAUGCCCAGUUUAUAAAAGUCAAAAAGGGGAAACUGAUGACAGGGAGAAAAAUUCAAUUACAGCAUGUAUGUAAAGGAAUAGCCCACCAUCAGGGAGACCUGUUUAUUACGUCUGAUACUGCAGUAUAUAAAUACACAUUGGACGGGAACCUUGUCAGUAAAUUGUACGAAGAUACAUCAGAUAGUCGUACAGUGUUCAAAUGUGCUGUGAGUCCCAAAGGGGACAUAUUGUAUAUUACAAACUACCAUCAGGACAAACUCCUCACUCUGGCAAAAGAUGGAACAUUCCUGGCUACCUUCAGUGACCCUGAACUACGACAACCACGUGGUGUACACGUUACACCUGCAGGUCAGGUAUUGGUUUGUGGAAUGGGGUCCCACACUAUCAUACAGGUGGACAGUCAGGGCAAAAGAAAGCUUGCUACUUUAGCUACCAUGAAGGAUGAACUUUUGGGCCCAUACUCAGUCUGCUUUAACAGCAAUACAUCCACAAUCAUUGUGGGUCAGUAUAAUUGCGAUGGAUGCAACAAUAUCAUUGUAUUCUAUGUGCAAUAAUUUAUAUUAACAGGUUAUAAACAUGUAAUUAAAUUUACAUUUGUUGUGCAUCAAAAGUGUUUUGUGUGUUAUCUUACACAGCACGAAUAUUGUUGUAAUAAAAGAUACAAGUACAGUUUGCUUUUAAACCGUAACGUUUUUUUUCAUGUGAAUUAUGACUAAUAAUAUCAUAUUAUGUACAUAGUCACAGAUAUAUAUGGUACUUAUUAUAGCAUAUGUUUCUAAUUAAAUGUGUAACUGUACACUUACAGUAUUAUAUUUUUCUACAUAAAUACAUUUAUAUUUUAUAACUACUUGAAACGGCGAUCAUAUUUUGUAAUAUAAUUAGAAGUUUUAAUUGUAAUGAAUGGUUUAAUUUUCUUUUUUUGUGAAUCCAAAGUGUUUUGUGUGAUAUCUUUCACUGCACGAAUGCCAUGCGGCUACACAAUAAAAGACAAAAUUACAUCGAUACAUUUUUAAACGAUAUUGCCUGAAUUGUUAUAUAUAUGCAUUUAGUUUCGACAUGCUAUAGUAAGACUCUGUGAAACCAGGUUAAUUUGAGCGCUGUUGAUGAGGUUGCGAAGAGAAUUUGAUUGUCAGCCUAUCAUACAAAAAAGCUUGAGUUCGUCGUAGGGACUUGUUCACGGAUUUUAGCAUGUUUCGAAGUUUGAAAUUAAAUGUUUUAAAUUGAUAAAUAUAAACAGUGGAAUUAAAGAGCGCCAGUAUAAAACAAAACUAAAAAUAAAGAAAGUAAUCGACAACUGGGCUCGAACCACUGACUCUUGGAGUUAAAGUCUAGCACUUAAACCACUCGGCCAUCCGUGCUGUUUUAAUCACAGACUGAGGUAUUUUAUACCAAAUAUAAACAAUACUUGUAAUGUUACAUAUACAACGAAAACAACAUAACUCUCCAAAUUAUCCAAUCGUUUCGCGUUUGUAACUCUUUAUAAUUUUCCGAUUUUUAAAUCGUCAAAAGAUGCAUAUAAUACAUAUUUUAGAGCACACUUAAUGUUCAAUAUUACAAUUUCCUUUAAAAAAAAAACAUAAUUUUAACUAAAAUUUGGAAAUCUGAAACCUUUUUUCUUCAUUUUUUUUCAAGUUAUCAAAACGAGAACACAGUUCCCUUUAAAAACGUUAUGUAAACCAAAGCAAAGAUAAUACGCGAUUGAUGUUUUCAUAAUAUUGUUGGUAGGUAAUCCCCCAGGGGGAUAAUCCAUUAAAUUGUGAAUAACUUUUACUGGUAGUAAUUAUGUUUUAUAUUUUUUGUAAGUAAAAAGAUUUAUUUUAGCUUCCUUUGAUUGGCUCACCUUUAAAGAUAGAUAAACUACACCUUGACAUAAGUCUGCUGGGUAUUCAGAUAAGUUUGUGUUAUUGCUUAUUUAUAACUAAAUCGGUGCUUUUAUGUUGAAGGAUGAUUUAAUUGAUUUUGCACUUUUAUUAUUUUGGCCACGAGAUUUUUUUAUUUGUUCUGAUGUUAAAUGGCGGGGUUUAUUUUGUUGUUGGUAAAUUCAUACUUUAUAUCGGCAUACAUUGUUUCAGCUAACUGUUUAUUUUAUUUGCGUGAUUUGUUCACUUAAUAGAAUAUUUAAAUUUGUAUAAAGGUUAUCAUGUCAGUUUGUAAUCACUUUUAAAACGCCUGAAUAGAUUUCCUAAAUUGAUUAUGAUUUUAUUUUGCCGUAAUUUUUAAGUUAAAUCAAGAGCCCUCGGACAGGUUGUAAUUUGCUUUGCUUUCUUUCUUGUAGAAUUGUAAAGCGCUCACAUUUUUAACAAACUGAUUUUUUUCAUCUGUUAAACCUUUAUUUAACGACCCAGUGUGAUGUCUUUGUGUUUGUGUGACAAUCCCUAUCAAACCAUUUGGUGAGUGUUUUUUUUCUUUUUAAUUUGUAUUUUGUUUACGUUUGUUGUUGUUUUUCUGAAUAUUUGUGAGAAUGGUCAUAUAUGAAAUUAGAAAUACAUCUUACACAUUA